AUGAAUGCACGAAGUCAUCAGUUUCAGUUGACAGCUGAUGAACGCCAGAUACGUGAUGCAGUUUCCGCAGUCUUUCAUACAAUUAUUUUACACAGAACUAUCCCAAAGAUUCAUUAUACUAGUGAAGUUAACUUCCAACUCGGGUCAAUUGGUGUCGAAGAAGUCGACUGUAAUAAUUUAAAUCUAAGCUACGUACGGGUAAAUAGUCCAAAACUGGUUUCAUACGUACAUGGAGAGCUGGAUUCAUUCAUCCGAGACAUCCGGCUUUCCAUUGAAGGUGUUGCUAUACCGCAAUUCUAUUCUCCGCCGCCCGUGACUCUGCUCAGUUAUUGUGGUGCUCCACUGUUGCGUGCAAAAAUUGAUCUGGAAUUCUAUCAAAAGAAGAAAAGAUCAUGGCCUUUGCCGGAUUAUCAAAUUCCGUGGGAAAUUUGGCAGUUGCAGCUCGCUAUUGUGCGAAUUAAAGAAAGAGAGUACUGGGAGCGAAUGCGCGAAGAGCUGGCGGACUCAGUGUCUGAAGUUGUACUGAAAACAUGCUCGCUGAUCAACCGACCACAGUUCGUACCACAAAUGCCGACACGCUCAGAUGUUGCAAACGUUUUCGAUACGACGUACCCUGAAUGCCAGCCGUAUCUUAUGCGAAUCGUCAGGCAUCCACAUGACACGAGUAAAAACUCGGAGAAUACUCUAAUGACAGUUGGCGCAUCAGCGGUCAAAAAAAUGCUGAGAGAUACAUUCUUAUCGUAA